UUUGAUUUCUCGAGUUAGGAGCUCCAAAGCCUUCUGCCAAUAUGUAUGACGCAGACGAGAAUAUGCAAUAUGAUGAGGAUGAUGAUGAAAUCACCCCAGAUUUAUGGCAAGAAGCAUGCUGGAUUGUAAAGCCAAGGUAUUUGUUAAAAUUUGAACAAAUUUACCUCUCCAAGCCUACCCAUUGGAAAAGAGAUGGUGCUCCUUCACCAAUGAUGCCAAAUGAGGCCAGAUUAAGAAAUCUCACGUAUUCUGCUCCACUUUAUGUUGACAUAACAAAAACAGUCAUUAAAGAAGGUGAAGAACAACUUCAGACUCAGCAUCAGAAAACUUUUAUAGGAAAAAUUCCAAUUAUGUUGCGUUCAACUUACUGCCUAUUGAAUGGCUUAACAGAUCAUAAUCUUUGUGAGUUAAAUGAAUGCCCUUUGGAUCCUGGUGGCUAUUUUAUUAUUAAUGGAGCUGAAAAGGUUCUGAUUGCCCAAGAGAAAAUGGCAACAAACACAGUUUAUGUGUUUGCCAAAAAGGAUUCUAAAUAUGCCUACACAGGAGAGUGUAGGUCAUGUCUGGAGAAUUCUUUCCGACCUACCAGUACUAUAUGGGUUAGCAUGCUGGCAAGAAGAGGGCAGGGUGCAAAAAAGAGUGCUAUUGGUCAGCGCAUCUUGGCAACUCUACCAUAUAUCAAGCAAGAAGUUCCCAUCAUUAUUGUGUUUAGAGCAUUAGGUUUUGUGUCUGAUAGAGAUAUCCUAGAACAUAUUAUUUAUGAUUUUGAAGAUCCAGAAAUGAUGGAAAUGGUUAAACCUUCACUUGAUGAAGCUUUUGUCAUUCAAGAACAAAAUGUUGCAUUAAAUUUCAUUGGUUCAAGAGGAGCAAAGCCUGGCAUUACUAAAGAGAAAAUAAUUAAGUAUGCAAAAGAAGUUUUACAAAAAGAAAUGCUUCCUCAUGCUGGUGUUAGUGAUUUUUGUGAGACCAAAAAAGCAUAUUUCUUGGGAUAUAUGGUUCAUAGGUUACUUCUGGCAGCUUUGGGUAGAAGAGAACUAGAUGACAGAGGUCACUAUGGAAACAAAAGAUUGGAUCUUGCUGGGCCACUACUUGCAUUCUUAUUUAGAGGUAUGUUUAAGAAUUUACUAAAAGAAGUACGAAUCUAUGCACAAAAGUUUAUUGAUCGAGGAAAGGACUUUAACUUGGAGUUGGCUAUUAAAACGCGGAUAAUAUCUGAUGGCUUAAAAUAUUCUUUAGCUACUGGAAACUGGGAUGACCAAAAGAAAGCUCAUCAAGCCAGAGCUGGAGUAUCUCGGGUAUUAAACCACCUGGCUUUUGCAUCUACUCUUUCUCAUCUGCACCGUUUAAAUUCUCCUAUUGGUAGAGAUGGCAAGCUAGCAAAACCAAGACAGUUGCAUAAUACAUUGUGGGGAAUGGUUUGUCCUGCUGAGACUCCAGAGGGCCAUGCUGUAGGACUUGUGAAGAAUUUAGCACUGAUGGCUUAUAUUUCAGUUGGAUCUCAACCUUCUCCAAUUCUGGAAUUUUUAGAAGAAUGGAGUAUGGAAAAUUUAGAAGAAAUUUCUCCUGCAGCUAUUGCUGAUGCGACUAAGAUUUUUGUUAAUGGCUGCUGGGUUGGAAUACAGAAAGAUCCUGAACAACUUAUGAACAGCCUAAGGAAAUUACGGCGUCAGAUGGACAUCAUUGUGUCUGAAGUUUCUAUGAUCAGAGAUAUUCGAGAGAGGGAGAUUCAGAUCUAUACCGAUGCAGGCCGUAUUUGUAGACCACUUCUGAUUGUGGAAAAACAAAAGCUACUUUUAAAGAAGAGACAUAUUGACCAAUUGAAAGAGAGAGAAUAUAACAACUACAGUUGGCAGAAUCUUGUGGCCAGCAGGGUAGCAGAAUAUAUAGAUACUCUAGAAGAAGAAACAGUGAUGCUUGCAAUGACCUCAGAUGAUUUACAGGAGAAAGAAGUUGCUUAUUGUUCCACAUAUACUCAUUGUGAGAUUCAUCCAUCAAUGAUUCUUGGUGUUUGUGCAUCUAUUAUUCCCUUUCCUGACCAUAACCAAUCCCCUAGAAACACAUACCAGUCUGCUACGGGUAAGCAGGCUAUGGGAGUGUAUAUCACCAACUUCCAUGUACGUAUGGACACAUUGGCCCAUGUUUUUUAUUAUCCUCAAAAACCACUUGUGACUACACGGUCUAUGGAAUAUCUUCGAUUUAGAGAGUUGCCAGCAGGUAUCAACUCAAUUGUGGCCAUUGCAUCAUACGCUGGAUAUAUUCAAGAAGACUCUGUUAUCAUGAAUCGUUCAGCUGUAGACUGAGGCUUUUUCAGGUCUGUUUUCUAUCGCUCAUACAAAGAACAGGAGUCUAAAAAAGGAUUUGAUCAAGAAGAGGUUUUUGAGAAGC